UGGAGAUCCGGAUCCGGAGCGGCUGAAAGGCGGAAGUGGAGGCCGGAGCCUGGGACACCGCCGGGGGGAGAGGAGCGGAGCCUGGCCGAGCCCCGGCCCCAAGUAACGCCGCCGCCCCGGAGACGCCUUGGAGGCCCCCCCUCCUCACUAAGUGCCUCUUCACACAGCGCCGGCCCCCGCCCCACGCUCACUGGUACCACUACAGCAGGACGGGCCAUGGCGGGUCGGGGAGGUGCAGCGCGACCCAAUGGACCAGCUGCUGGGAACAAGAUCUGUCAAUUCAAGCUGGUCCUGCUCGGGGAAUCUGCAGUGGGCAAAUCUAGCCUCGUCCUUCGCUUCGUCAAGGGACAGUUCCAUGAGUACCAGGAGAGCACAAUUGGAGCGGCCUUCCUCACACAGACGGUCUGUUUGGACGACACAACAGUCAAAUUUGAGAUCUGGGACACAGCUGGACAGGAGCGGUAUCACAGCCUGGCCCCCAUGUACUAUCGGGGGGCCCAGGCUGCCAUCGUGGUCUAUGACAUCACCAACACAGAUACAUUUGCACGGGCCAAGAACUGGGUGAAGGAGCUACAGAGGCAGGCCAGCCCCAACAUCGUCAUUGCACUCGCGGGGAACAAGGCAGACCUGGCCAGCAAGAGAGCCGUGGAAUUCCAGGAAGCACAAGCCUAUGCAGACGACAACAGUUUGCUGUUCAUGGAGACAUCCGCAAAGACUGCAAUGAACGUGAAUGAAAUUUUCAUGGCAAUAGCUAAGAAACUUCCCAAGAAUGAGCCCCAGAAUGCAGCUGGUGCCCCGAGCCGGAACCGAGGGGUGGACCUCCAGGAGAACAGCCCAGCCAGCCGGAGCCAGUGCUGCAGCAACUGAGCCCCCCUUGCCUGCCCACUACCCCCACCUCCUCCGCCGGCCCACCCGACUGGAAUCCACUCUAACCAAUCGCACUUAACGACUCGGGCUACCACUUGGGGGUGGGGGGGGCAGGGGAGGGGUCUGCCAUGAUUUCUCCUAGAAUUCUGAUCAUAGGCCGGAGUGAAUUAUUCCACCCGCACCUUUCUGUACAAAUACUAAUUCAAUUUUAA